UGACAAAAGCUUCCAGCACAUCCGCGUCGUCUUUACAACGCAGCGAACCUUUGGACAGAAAAGCUGUGUAUGUUGUUUUAAGCUUACUCUGUAUUUGUUGUUUUUGCUUUUUUUGUCUCUACAAUACUUACAUAGAAACAGCAAAACACCGCCACCACGAACAAGUAAAUACAGAACAGGAAGAAACCUUGUCUCCUAAGCGCGCAAAUCCUCUAAAAGAGCUGUGAACCCCAGUUCUUGUCGACCGAAUCUCGAGAAGGCCACCCGAAACCGCUCAGCGGACAUCUGGCUGUAUACAAACCCCAAAUACACUCCUAUUUGAGGUCUGUAUACAAACAUAUGGGAAGCAUGACAAAGUAUUACAACAACGGUCAUCACGUCAAUGGAUACCGGAAAAAUGGAUACACCAAGGAUACGGAGAGCGAGAGCACCAAACAGACUGUCCAGAAAUGCAUCUCAGACUUUUCCACCUGCAGUUUCAAAGAGUUUCCUGCUCUGGUUAAAAAGCACAGAGGAGUGAGAGUUGGUUUAGAGAGCCCUAAAGGCUUCACGCUGAGAGUCACAGACCUGGGUGGCACCAUCUACUGGGGUAGAAAGGAUAUGCUGGAGACGUGGGGGGAGUUGUACCUGCCAGAGCCUGAGGAGAUGGUGGUGCUGGGGGCCAUCGAUAACUUCCCCUCAUUGGCCGAGGGACUGCAGCUGAUCGUCCUGGUGGACAAACACAACAGAGUCUACUUUUAUGAGAACGAGGAGCUGCACCACGUAGCCCACAAAGUAAAGGACUUUCUCACCACUGGUGCCGAGUCUACGCCCAUCAACAGCUACAGAUACGGACAGCACUGCGCACCCGAGACAGAAGAAGAAUAUUUGGAAAUUCUGCAGAGUGCUGGCAUCCCAAGAAUAGACAAAGCCACAAGGGACUUUGUCCAGAGCAAGGAGGAAAAAUUCUCAGAGCUGUUGGAUUUUCUUGAAGGCCUUUAAAUUUUUUGUUUGAGCUCAGUUAGCUGCUAACUGUUUGUUUACAUUUUGCACAUUAAGAAGCCAUCUAUUUUUGUUGAUGGUGUUUUGUGAUGCAGGGAUGCAAGAAUGAUGCUCGUUUCCCGGAUACGUGUGAUAUUUGCGGACAGUUUGUAUACUAAGAUCUAUAUUUACCAGUUUUUCUGUCCUGUAUAAUUAAUUCAUAACUGCUUACCUGAAUAUACAUCAUUUUAUUAGUCUGAUUAAUUGAGAGAAAAAAACAGUGAUGCCAAAAAACAGUCAAUAACGCUUGGCCCCUAAUAAAUGCAAAUAUGAGCCACAUGAAAUAUUAACAUUUGACUCAUGGACACUUCCACAGGUUGCUUGGGAAUGCUUUGCAUAAACUGCAGCAGAAUGAGUGCAUUGGAUGUUUGUGGUUUGCAACUGUUGUGUACAAUUUUGUUGAAAUGAAUAAAUAAUAAAAACAGUUGGAAAUGCGUUGGGAGCAAACCUGGACACACCCUCUGUAGCCUGAGUUUAAUAACCAUCGCUUGUAUGAGUCACGUUACACAUCACUGGGUGUGCCUAUGCCUGUGCACCUUCAUACAGAGGCAGGCUGGGAUCGGGUGGUGAAGUUUAUCUUACAGUGUUUGAUGAAGAGAGUGGAUUAAUUGAUCAGUCAGUUAGUCAGUUAGUCAAUCAAUUAGUCAUGUACACCACACUUUUUUACUUUAAACUGACUUGUAGCUUAUUUUCUAAUGAGCUGUACUGUAAAAGGGUCAUGGGGCAGUGCAGUGUAACCUGUCAGUGAUUAUUAAUUUAGUAUGCAUGUGUGUGAUGUAAAAUAAAACUAUGCUUAGUAGUUAAAUAAAUGUACUGCCAUAAUAUAAUAAUCAACAGAUACUUUGUUGAUCCCCAUGGGGAAUUCUGUCCUCUGCAUUUAACCCAUCCUAUACACAGUGAGCAUACACACACUAGGAGUAAUGCUUUGGUCAACCCUAACAUACAUGUCUUUGGUGGUGGGAGGAAACUGGAGCGCUUGGCAGAAACCCACAACACGGACAUGCAAACUCCACACAGAAAGG